AUGAUGGGAGAUGUCCCUCCUCACUGUCGACCACUAUUGGGGGACAUAUCAGAGAAGUGUGAAGUUGUGAUACAAGGAAGAAAAAGUAGGAGGACAUUGACUUACCUACAAAGAUGAUUCCCAGCUUACAUGUAGUAAAUGUAAAAUGCCACAGCUUUUGGACUGGUUUCCCCCAAGAUUAACAGGCGGAGACUCCCCAAACCAAGGUAAAGGUCUACAGAAAGACAUCUUUUUGUUAUUCUGUAGUAUUAAAAUAAUAUCACAUCCCUCUGUAUCAUCCCCCUUCCUAAAGAUGUCUCCAAAGCUGGCCAACCCUCCAUACCCUUUACAAACGAACACCAGACCCCUCCACCGCCCCUCCACUUGAAAUUACCCAGCAGCCCCUGGGUCACUAUGCUGUGCCCAGGUUAAGGUCCAGUUCCACCUCAGCAGAACCCAGCACUCACCACCUCCAGAUGGGAGUAGCAUGUCUUACUGGUAUGGAAACCCCCCUUACAUGGUUUGCCUCAGAGACAGAGUGUAUGAUAUCUGUCCGGGGAAAGGUAUCAGAUCCUCAUGUUCCCCUUUCCCAUACUCAGGUGGCAGAGACAGGACAGGUCGGUUGGUGGUUGAGGUGUACGGAGACCAGGAAGGAUGGAGAUCUCCUUUAGUGUCUAGUCGGGAACUCUGCAAACUUCUGCUCUACCCUCCACUCUGUAAUCAGGUAUGUAUGAUCCCCCUGGGCUGGUCCCCCCUCUUCUGUAGCCUGAACCCUGGAUUGUAUUCUUAUUCAUUGUUUUCAUCUUCAUAAUUCUAGGAGAGAACUAAGAAACUUGGAAUGACCAGUUAUUGAUGCUCGUAAGAGUUCACCUCCACCACAGUUAAAUAAGGCCUUGUUGGUGGUUCAGGUAAGAAGACUUGACAUCUUCCUCGUCAUUUUGGAAAUCAGAAACUACACAACAUCACCACAAGGGUAGCCAGCUAUCAAAAUAAUUAUUCCUCCUAUGUCGAGAUCACAACUUAUUUAUCUCAGUUGUUUUGUCGAGAUCACAAGAUAACAAAGUACCACACAUCAUCCAUUAAUUUGUUCAGAGCACAUGGGGCAUGUCUCCCCAGGCUGCGGUGCUGCCCCAAGACCACAGCCAAAUCGCAUGCAAGGAACAGCACACUAACUUGGCUAGUCUGGGGGAGCUAGCUAGUUAUCUAGGUAUCUUGUUACUACUAUCUAGCAAGCUAGCGUGUUAUCUAUGCUUGUUGUUAGCUUGCAUAACUAUAUCUUUAUAAUUAUAAGGAACACUUCAUGUUUUGUGGAUAAUAUUUACAUUUACAGUGGGUGAGUUCCAUUCCUGACAGGCUGAUCAAUUCAAUAGCAGCCUCAGAAGCUGAUCAAUCAGACUGCAGCCUUGUGCUGUUUUUAUAUUUAAGGCCCCCUUGCAGACAGCCUCCAAGGCAGAAUCCUGA